AUGUCGCGAACACGAAGCAAAUUACCGAAUGCUAACAAUGCUAAUAAUCACCCGACCAACCCCGAAAAGAAAUGUUUUGUUUUCGGCUCGUCAACUCCGCGUGAUUUAUCUUACAUGCAUAAUAUUCCGCCGAUUUUGCGAACAUAUGAUUCACGACUUACCACUGAAAAACCGAAACAAGGUGAAACAUUGUCACAUUAUAUGCGAGAAGCACGUUCAGCAACUCGAAAGAAGACAGGUAAUUUUUUUCUUGCGUUAUUUCAUUUUGCAUGGCCACUGCUUAGGCCAAGUCGAUGA